AUGCGUUCAUCUACAUCUCUUUUCUUGGCCGUCUGCACAACUAUGGCCGUCCAGGCUGCACCUCUGUCACCUUUAAAGUCACCAUCAUUAUUAAGCGAAAGAUCAGAAAUGAGCAGCAACUCCGGAGAAGUUUAUUCGGCUCGCAGUGCUGGUGGAUUUGCAUACCAUUCACCAUCAUUGGUCGAGAGAGACGAGGGUGCAGUAACACAGGCAAAGGAUGACCGUAAAGGAGGUGAAGCAGGUGGUGCUGCUGCAGUCCAGAGAAACGAUAACACCGACUCCGAUUCUGAUUCUGAUUCUGAUUCUGAUUCUGAUUCUGAUUCUGAUUCUGAUGAUGAAUCAAACACUAAACAAAUCAAGUUUAAUAGUAAGCCUGGCGAUUUCAAACUUACAGUAGGAGAACAUAAAAGUCAAACACAGAGCGACACUGCGGCAACUAUUCCUGAGAACAAAUCUCCAGCAGGAGGACCAGAAAAACCUGCGGGUUCUACAGCCAGUACAGAUGGGCCUAGUGCAGCAAAUACACCUCCAGCACCCCCAGCAGAUGCAGCCAAUCCUGAUCCAGCCUCGAAACCAGAAAAUGAGGCAAACAAGCCUAAGUCUAAUCUUCUUACGGCCUCAGAUAGUACUCCUGUCAAUGACGCAUCUACACAGGUCGACGGUAAAGCCAAUUCCGCAGACGUUGAUGCUGAGGAUGACGAUGAGGACGAUGAUGAGGACGAUGAUGAUGACGAAGCUGGCGCAGCUAGCGUAGAAGAAGAUGAAGACGAGGACGAUGAGGAUGAAGAUGACGAUGACGACGACGUUCCAUCCUCGAACCCUGCCGCAAGUGCUCAAGAUGUCGGAAAAGAAAGCCCGGCGAACGCAAAAGCUGCAACAGCCGAUGACAAGAAAGCCGAGUAA